AUGUUUACUCAAGUAAAAUCUGAUCAGUACAAUGCAUUGCAUGCUUCGUAUGCAACUUCACUUGAGCUUGCUAAAGCGAAAAAACCUUACACUGAUGGCGUAGUUGUUAAAAAGUGUGCUGUAGAAAUGGCAAAAGGAUUUGGUGAUAGCAAAGUGGCUAAGCAUUUUGAUUCAGUUCCAGCUUCUCAUCAGACCACCCAACGAAGAGUUGCCGAAAUGGGUGACCAAAUACAACAGAAAUUGUCCCGCGAGAUUGAAAAAUGCUGCUAUUUCUCCUUGUGUAUCGACGAGAGUACAGACCUGUCGGACGUUAGUCAACUCUUGAUUUUCAUUCGCACUGCUAAAGAAGACUUUGAGAUCAAAGAGGAGCUCCUUACCAUGUGUUCUCUUCACUCCACAACAAAGGUUAGGAACAUAUUUGAAGCAGUGAUGAAAGCGGUCAACACUGUCGGAGGUUUUGAAAAGUGCUCCGUCUAA